AACUUGACACAACUACAUAGUUUCUUUCAUAAACUAUUCUUAUUUUGGAUCGAAAUAUUGAUCAAAGUGUCCGAUGGGGAGGGAGUAGGUUUUGAAGGGAACAGCCAACCGGUGCUCUCCUGGGAGCACUGUAAACAACAUGGAAGUAUGUACAUUGUCAUAACAGAAAAACAGUGUGUAUUUUCAUGAUUCACGUAUCCAGGAUAAAGCAUCAAUUAAGGAUCAUGAGAUGAGUGACCCUGGCUUGCCCCCUCGGCCCCGCAGUUUGAACCUUCUUGAAUCUGUUAUCCAGGAGGAGGAGAAAAGGGCUAAGGCGCAGCCAAAUGUUGUAAUACCCGACCCUAGAGACGAGAAUACUGACGGCAGUGGGUCACCUGAGUUCUACGAUACAGAUAAACAACAGAUAGUGAGGGAAAACAGUCUCAGUGCAUCAUUUACUGAAUUCAAAAUGAAGGAUUCUGAGAAAACACCACAGAUUAAGAAGGGCAAUCCCAUUGCUGGUUUUAAGGGAAAGAAAAUGAAGAAACCAAGGUCAAGAUCAAAUUCCAAUGAAAGGUUAACAACAAAGACAAAGAAGCUGCAAAGGCCUUAUUCGGCAGAUUAUAAUAAAUAUAACAGAACUGAAAGUAAUGCAAACAAAGUUAUAAAUGGUAGACCAGGUACUUCCAGGGGAAGAGCUAAAAGUGCAAAGCAAAGGGCUUCUUCUGUUAAAGGUCAAAGGCCAAGGUCACCGCGUAAUUAUUCCUCAGACACUUACUCCUCAUCUGAGGAAUAUACAAGGAAGAAAAAGAAUUAUAGGUCAAGGUCUAGAUCAAGAUCUAGUUCAAGUGAAUCAAGAGAAAAAAAUGACAAACCUGAAUCAGACGACUUUUUUGAUUCAGACAAAGGCAGUGACAGAGAAAAUAAAAAUAGAAAUGACUCAAGAAGACGGGACAGUAGUACCUCUAGUUCAGAUUCAUAUACAUCAAAUGAUGAAGGAAAAAAGGAUAAUGAGUCAUCCAAUGUAAAUGAUAAACAAGCUCAUCGAAAAGGAAGGUCGGAAUCAGAAAGUUCAGAUAACCUGCGCAGAGUUCCAGUUGAAGAUGGGUCAACAUCAUCAUUGAGUAGUUCAUCAGAGGAUGAGAUGGAAAGCAAGAGAAGUGACACAAAACCACCAAGACCUUCCAAAACCAAAGCAACCAAAAAGUUAAAGCCUUUAUUGUCAAGAAAAAAGCGACAAAAUUAUAAAGUUUUUCAAAUAGACCCUGAUCUUUACCUUGAAGGUAAACUUCACCAGAAGUAUAGUGAGCUAGAGGAACUGAUGCAGUGUUCCUUUGUUGACCAGAAAAGUCAUGUGACUCGUCACCAUAUCUACCAGAUGGAGCUUCUCAACGACCAGUACACAGCUGCCAGUCACGGUCACCACUCGUCAGCCACCAUUAUCCCACGCAGUCUUCCGGCAGAUGUGCGAAAUCGCUCACAUCGACCCUCCUCAGCCAAACCAUCUACCAGCAGUCACUAUGGCGAGAGUGACAAAGACUCCAGUGUCUAUGAUCCUGCCUAUGUAACACUACGCAGUGUAAUGACAGCUGAGCAUUUAAGACAAACCAACAGAAUACGCACUGACAUCAAUGCAGAUAGGCCUUCGAGUGCUAAAAAUACCAAAAAGAAGAAAAAGAAAAAGAUUGAAGCAACUCUGAAAUCAAAGAAAUCAGACACAGAAGAAGAUGAUUCAGAGCGACAUAGCUACCCAAGCAGCAAACCGUCUUCAGCAAGUUCUACCCCUCGUGCAACAAAGCCUCACAUCGAUCACCACAUAAAGUACACGGACAAUGAGAAGCUGCGCAAGUGGCUGAAGGAGAAGGACAAGACUUACCGACAAAAGGCGAAGGAGGAGCGACGCAAAAAGAGGGAGGAACGGGAAAAACUUAUAGAAGAGGCCAACGAGAAACUGGAGAAGAGGAUAGAGUCUCAGAAAUAUGUGAAGGUGUGGAUGCGGGAAAAGAACAAGGUGUUGACAAAGAAGUGCCGGGAAGAGAGGCGGCGCGAGAAACAGGAUAUGGAACAGGAGAGGAACCGCAGCAACAGCCUACCUGGUGAUGCUAUGAGGAUACGACCCCAGUCUGCCCCCAUUAAGAGGCCAAAUGACAUCCAUAUUGAUAAACACCAGCUGAAGGGAGAAGAGACACCUGAGCAUGUGCGUCAACAGAUCCACAUGAAGAGAGAGAUAGAUGAAGAAAAUAAACAAGCUGAGAGCCUACAUCAGGAACCGCAUCCGCCACAGACGAAGUUCAUAUAUAAGAGACCGGUGGCAGGAAAGAUUAAACUGAGAAUGGAGGUGAGGGGGAAGAGCCCUACACCGGCGAAAAACAAUGCGGAUAAAGGAAACAAGAGUGAAGAUGAUGGCGAAACAGAUAGGGGCAACCAGGCUAGGAUGUCAUAUGAGGACUGGGUGAAAAAGAAGAGAGAACUAGAUAUAGAAUUGAAGAAACACAAGGCAGCUGAGAAACAGAGAGAACUGGCAAAAUCUGAUCCUGAACUGGAGAGAAUCAUUCCUGAGUUAGGAAAGAGGAGGGUGCAGGAUAAAUUAAAAAUGAGAAAAAGGAUUGAUACUGGAAUAAAGCAUUUUGAUGAGAAAGCUAAUAAAUCAUUUGGUGGUGGUGACUUUGAUGGAGAGGCACCGGAAAGACCAAGAAGUGCAUACAGGUUGGAGAGUGACCGGAGUAACAGUGAUCAGCCUGCACUGACUGUAAAGCAGCUUCAGCGACCUUCCACUGCACCAUCAAGGGGAAGAGUCCCACCUUCCCCAAAAAGGUCAGCAAAGUCUCCUAGGAAGGCAAUUAUACCACAGAGAGUGGACAACAUCAUGAACAAUGAAGACAACACAAACCCCUAUGCCACAGAUGGUGUAGAUGGUUCUAAUCCUUAUUCCAUCCCAUUUACUCCUGAAAAAGGAAUUCCGCAGCACCUUGUUGAAAGACAGAGGAGAAUAUUUGCUGAUGUUGUUACAAAAAACUUGGAUGAAAUUGAGCAGAGAGCGCUAUUGAAUGCAGAGCUUAUUAGGGAAGGUGUUUCUGACGAGGAUAUAGAAAAGUAUAGAAAAGAGAUGGAAGAGGAUAUAACGAGAUACAGUAAUGAGAAUAAUUUAAAUUAUAGCAGUGAACCAAAGAAAUAUGUUCUGACAGGUGGAGGAAGAUUUCCAGAGAAGUAUAUUGAAAGAGAGGAGGAGAAACAUCAACCUAAAAUAACUGAACUCAUGUACUCGCCAAGGGCAAGGACUGAUUCCUCUGAUUCUUCAUCUGAUGAAAGUAUGAAAGAAAAUGUGAAGACAGCUGUCAGUGAGGACAAAAUCAAAGAAGAUGCAAGGGUUGAUCAAGCAAAUGAAGCUUCUGCUAAUAAUGAAGGUAGUGGAAAUGUUGAGCCACCCGUUUUGAGCAGUGCAAGUAACAAUGAAACAGUUAAUGGUAUUGAUGAAGAAGUUACAGCACAUAGUCAUUAUAAGACUUAUGGUAAUUUAAAUGAACUGCAGAUUGAUUCUCCGAGGACUGAACCUGAACCUGACACAGCAAAGAAAGAAGAUGAACAACUACGCAAUGAUAUUGAAAAACUGAAGGAACAAGUGGAACAUCUACAUUUAGAUAAAAUAACUGGUUUAAGUGAUAAUAGCCAAGUGAUUCCAGAUUGUAAUGAGGAACAUAAUAAUGUUCAGGAGAGCGUCACAAUUGUUGCAGAUGUUGAUCCAAGUCUGGUUGGCAUUUUGAAGGAAAGUAAAAGAGAUGAAACCUUUGACUUGAAACCAGAAUUGCAUGAAAGUACUGAAUUUCAACACAGUGAAACAGGUGGAAAAGAUGAUGAUGAGAAUGAAGCAACAUCACCAAGGGAAGACUUGAAUGGCAGCAUGAAGAAGCGUGUAUCAUUCAAUGAACACACAGAAGUGUUCCAGUCUUUUGAAUCCAAUAGUACAGACACUGUUACACCUGAACAUGAGGAGUUUGAUCCAAAAGCAGAGAGCCUUGAUGCACAAAGUCAUGCUUGUGCAGAUGAUUUUGAGAAUGGAGGAAAGGAAGAAACGAAUGAAGUUGUAAGUGAUGAAAAGGAGACAAUUGGAGAGAGUACUGGUGCAGUUUUUAUUACAAACCCUGAUGAGGAAACAAGUGCUUAAAUUAUUAUAUAGCAUUUGGAAUUGUAGGACAAAAUUGAUUGCCUUAGAAAUGGGGAUGUUGGAUGUUAUAGGUCUGUUAAAUCUGUCUCAAUGUAAACGUUUCAUUUGUCAUUAAAUAUUCUACAUAUCAGAUCUUAUUGUUCCAUAAAUAGGUUUCAAUGUAUUCCAUAGUUACUGAACAACUUAAUUUACAGUUAAGGUAAAAGUGUACAUACAAUGUAAUUGCCUUCUUGACUCAGUAAAGGACUUAAGUUUACUGGAACAAGAAAAUGUACAGAUAUUUCGAGGCUGUUUUAACUUGGAGAAGUUAGAUUUUAUAUUGUGAGUGUGAACUUUUUUUAUAUGUUUUUCAUUCUUUUCACAGAGAUUUUGUUUAACUAGAAUAGCUCCUAUUAAAUGAUUUAGACAUAGAUAAUUUAGGCUUUUAGCAUUUUAUACCAACUUCUACAGAUGCUGUUAAACUUUUAUGGUGAUGGCUGCUAUUAAGGCUUUUGUAUAAUUUUGUACCGUAGUUCUUGAAGUUCUAUUUAUAAUGCUUACUGUGAUAUUCUGUUUUAAGUUUACAUGAACGAUACCACAAUUUAAGGUUAUCAUCUUAUUAUGUCAACUGAGUUUAUAAAAAAAUCUGUGAUAUAUAUCAUAUUUGUACAAAAUACAUGUCAUUGUAUUUAACUAUUCAGCUUUUUAAUGAUGUAGAAUUAAAUCCAUAGUCAUUUACAUUCAUUAUUUAACAUUUAAUAUCCAUUGUAAUAAGUACAUUAGCUUUUUCACAUUUUUAAUACCCUUACAAAAUACAUCGUCAACAAUGCUGUAAUGAUAGUAUUCAUAGGGCUUAGUAAUACAGGAUAUGCAAGAUUUAUAUUAACUAUUUAUGCAAUAAUGCAACCAUUUUUUUUUUUAUAAUCAGAUUUUUGUUGGUUUAAGAUAUUUUAUUUUAGAGUAUAUUACACUUAAGCACCACAUGGCAUUUCUUUGUCAUGAAGUACAGAUUGUAAAAGUUUAUUACAGAUUGUAAGUUUAUUAGAAUGUGGAAUAUAAUACCAAAAAUGCCUUCCCGCCCGUGGAGUUUGAGCUGGGUUCAAUAUUGCUAUCAUUAAUGGUACUCUCAUUUUACAUUUAUACAGAUAAGGUAAUUAAUUUGCUAUGGUAUUUUAAUAAUUGUAGUAACGGUAUAAUUUAUAUGAGUAUUAAAGUAUAAAAACAGUU